AUGCUACCACAGAGGCACGCCAGUGUGCGCUACAAGAGCCGGCCGGGAACGCUCAUACCGUUCAGAGACGACUCUAGCCUGGUCGGCCUGCGAUACGACCAGACGACCCAAGCAGAGCCGCCCAUUCCCAUCCCUCCACGGUCGCCAUUGCGCGCCCUGAGCCGCCACGCAUCGACGCGGCCUGUCUCGUAUAUUUCUUCUUCCACCACCGCCCCGGUAGUGAUCGCCCCUCCUCGUCCUGCUCCACCUGCAGAGCAGCACCCUGCAUUGCGGACAGUGCUGCAAUCAACGGCACCACGCACCAAACCGGACGACCCUAAACGCGACUCUGGCCUCGCACCAACUGCAUCCUCGAGGUCGGGCACCUUCUACGAGGAGAGCGAGGACGAGGAUCCCUUUCAGUACGAAAAAUUCCCCAUCACCAGAAGAUUGGUGAUCCCAGAGUUUGUCGUCCCGCCGUUGAGGAUCCGACCGUCGUCUCCAACUUCGAUAUACUCGGAGAACGGACAGGGGGGCAGUCUGGGCGGCACCAACGACAACAGCAGCCAAUCCAGCAUUCCUCUGCCCUCGCCCGGCCUGUCGGAAGUCAACACCGUGUCGCCAACAUCUCCAACUACCCCACCUCCCUCCUUUCCUGACAAGCUCCCCGAGAAGACAUUCUCGUCAUCAAUCUUUUCACGCCCCUUCAGCCUCCGUGCCGCGAGUUCAUCGAUGAGAUCCUCGACAAGACGGCUCAAGAAGCGAUACCAGCCCCCGGCCAUGGUGGAGGACCCAAGGGAUGGGACCCCUGCCGAGUCUCCCAAUCGGGCCAAGACACCGCCGGCAAUCGCCUCUAAGGCUAAUUACCCUCCCCUAGCUGAGCCUAACGGCGCCCCACUGCAUCAUCAUGAUUUCAGUGCCCCUUCUCCUGUGGAGGAGUCGCCAGCGUUGACGACUGCACCUGCGCCUGGCGCAGCCGACGACUUCUCCGAGUUCGUCGAGUCCAUCUCCUUUUCCAAGCGUGGGAGCAUCAUGCUCGGUGGGAAACGCCCGUCGAAAGAGGCUACCGCAAUGGGCGAGCACGAGCAAGAGCGUCGCGAACCGCGCGCAUUCCCCCUGGCGCCAUCUCCUAUGCCGCGAUCUCAGGCCCAUGGUGUCGCACCCUCGAUUGCGCCCUCCAUCAUCGUCGAAUCCGAGGAGCCACGGUCUUCUCACAGCUCCAGGAGGACGCCUCCACGACCCUCCACGACCACACACAAUGCGACUUCAUCGCCGACAAGCCCCAAUUCGCCGCAACACCCUCCCAGCAUCCGGCUUAUAUCAGUAGAUGUGGAAAGGGAAUCUCAAAAGGUGAGAUCGCUCUAUGAACCCGGGGAAGGACUCAAAUGGGAAGACGGGGCCAGGCUCUCAUCCUUCGGUGAGCGUCUCGAGCCCACAAUCGAGGUCCCGUCAGACGUGGAUGAGCAUGCGUCAAUCAAAAGCCAGAGCCAAGACCCAGGUCAACCUCAUCAAAGUCCCGAGGAUCGUCCUGGAACCCCUACACCAGCAGCAUCUGGGAUUCCAGAGUCAUCGGCGCCUACUGCGUCGCCACAAGGUGAACAACUACAACGCAAGUAUGAACUUGCCGGCGGGAUCGAGGACUGGGAGGAUGUGGAAGUAGAGGACGUCGAUCGUUACGGAUUCAUUGCACCCAGGAGGCCCAUGACACCCUCGAGUGCGCCUCCGCCCGGCCUUGGUAGUCCCGGCCAAGACUCGCCGCGCAAGCAUCGGAAUCUGUCAAUGCGCAAAGACGAGGGACAUUAUUCCAAGCAUCUGGGGCUGAGGCGUGGGCCUAGUAAGAAAAUGUCUACGCGCUCGUUACAUACAACAACUUCAAAGAUGUCUACGGCCUCGCGGCGCUCGACUCGUUCUGCGUUCCGACAAGCCGCAAAUCUCCUCCCCCAUAACAGGGACAGGAGGUGGAUGGACGAGGCCGGGGAGAUGCUUGCAGAACAACACGGCUUUGUCAGUAUUGGCGAAGACACCACAGCUGGGCAACUAGCCGACGAGUACAAGCAGAAGGAGUGGCAACGUACCGAGAAAUGGCGCAGGAUGGCGAAAGUCAUCAAGCAUGGCAAGGACGGAGAGGGUAUGGUCUUUGAGUUUGAUCCGAAGCACCCAAAGCUCGUCGAGCGGACAUGGAAGGGCAUCCCUGACAGGUGGCGCGCUGCAGCUUGGUACUCCUUCCUCGCCUCGAGCGCACGCAGUAGCAAGAAAUCUACCGCCUCUGAAGCCGAGCUAUUCGCGGCAUUCCACCGAUUGCAAGAGCAGCCAUCGUCAGAUGAUGUGCAAAUUGAUCUUGACGUACCCAGGACAAUCAGCCAACACAUCAUGUUUCGGAGAAGAUACCGAGGCGGACAGCGGCUCUUGUUCAGAGUGCUGCAUGCCUUGUCCCUGUACUUCCCCCAGACUGGCUAUGUGCAAGGGAUGGCCUCCUUAGCGGCUACACUCCUUAGCUACUACGAUGAGGAAAGGUGCUUCGUCAUGCUUGUUCGGCUUUGGGAGUUGAGGGGCCUGAAUCGCCUGUAUUCGCCCAACUUUACAGAGCUAAUGGAUGCCUUGCGCGAUUUUGAGAAGUACUGGCUGGCGGAAAAGGACGUUGCAAAGAGUCUUAAAGAGCUUUGCAUCGACCCCACAGCCUACGGUACAAGGUGGUACUUGACAGUCUUCCACCUAUCGAUACCAUUUUCUUCCCAACUUCGGGUGUGGGACAUCUUCAUGUUAUUGGGUGACUCGCCCCCUGAUCCACCGAGUCAGGAGGUCACCGGUGGCAAGUCGACUGCGCAGCCAUACUCGUCCAAAGGCCUCGAGAUCCUCCACGCAACGAGCACAGCAAUUGUCCUUGCUCUCAGCGAACACAUUGUUGAUUCCGAAUUUGAGAAUGCAAUGAAGGCGCUCACUUCGUUCGUCCCGGUCAAGGAUGACGACUUGCUCAUGAAGGUGGUUCGCGCCGAGUACAAGCAACAUCACAGUAAGAUGAAGAAAGCCUAG